CUUGACUUUCACGGCCUUCAACUAAAUUUACACCUGUGGGCUGAAACAAUAAAAUCCUGACUAAGUCCUUCAUUGAGAAAAAAAACCCAAUGCCAGGGAAGGGUUAACUUGAAACCUCUCUAAGUUUGAUUUUCCCUGGCCCCUUCUUAAAAUUUGACUUGGAUAGAUUCGACUGUAGUUAACAAAAGAGAAGGAAUAUGGGGUAAUAAGGAUAUGAAGCGAAAGCUCGGAUUAUUUUCCGAAAUUUUCCUUCUCUUCCUCAACUGAUCUUCUUGGGGGAAAAAAAAAACUUUGCACCCAAGGCGGCGGAUUUCCGGUUUCCGACGCGUCUCGUCGUCCUCAAUUAUUAUUUUUUCCCCUAUACUUUCCUCGUUGUCAUAUCACCGAAAUUCCGUGCUGAGAAGAAUAAUGAAGGUUAUACCGAAAUUCUUGACGAAGCUUUUCGAGUUGUUGGGCAGUGCAGUGGGCAGGUAUCCGUGGGUGUUCAUCGCCUUGCCACUGGCUGUGUUUGCUGGCCUCGCCACGGGGCUCAGGGGCAUCGCGAAAAUCGAAGACUACGAGUUUCUGUUCACCCCUUCUUCGCGCAUUUCAAUUAUGGAGCAGUACACGAUGGGCCGGCUUUUUUGGGACCCGUUCUUUUUCUCCGAGAAACGACUGGUUCGCGGUGCGAGGCACGGGAAGGUGAUCAUAACGGCGAAAGACGGGGGAACAAUUCUGCGCAAGGAAUUGUGGGACGAAAUCAUGAGCUUGCAUUCCUCCAUAACUGCCAUGGAAAUGACGUGGAGUUUUGACGAAAAACGUGGAAGAGUCAGUGAUGAUGAGGUCAAAAGAAAACGCAGCUGGAGCAAAAGCUACGAGUCAUCAGAUUCAACUGUAUUCCAGAAAAUCUGCUUUGGUGCAGUCACCACCGGGUGCCACGACAAUGGCGGCAUCCUGGCUCUCUACCCGGUCAUCGGGGACGUGGAGACCGGCAAAAUUGCACUGACCUACCCCACUUACACCCUUCACGAUGUUCCAGUCGAGUCCAGGGCACCGACUGAUGACACCAGCAAAGGUAGCCCGCAGGACAAGGCCCAGAUGACGAUGAAGUUGGGUCCGUUCUACGCGUACCACGCGCGGCGCAGGCAACUCAGGCGGACAAUAGACAUUGAUUUCACGGCCACACUCGGAGGGCUGGACUUGGACAAUGUGCGGACAGAGUCUGGGCAACGGCUGCGGGUUGUCACCAGGGCCAGGGCCAUCAAGUUGGCCUAUUACGUUGGACUGGACGACCCGCGGAUGCUGGAAUGGGAGCGGAAAUUCGUGCGACUCUGCGAGUCCCUGACGCCGACCUUUAGUCGCAUAGACGUCAGCUAUGUCACUUCCAGCUCCCUGUUGACCCAAGCUGGGACAGACAGCAAAGACCUGGCCCCGUACAUUGCAGCCACAUUCCUCGCCAUGAUUAUUUUCAGUAUCGUUACCAAUUGCGGUCGGGAUUGCGUCAGAGCCAAGCCGAUGGUUGCCAUUGGUGGUGUGGUGUCCACUUGCUGCGCCACUGCCGCGGCGUUUGGCCUGUGUCGCUACUGCGGCGUGUUGUUCACUGACGUCAACCUCGCUGCUCCGUUUCUCAUGUUGGGUAUUGGAAUGGACGACACGUACGUCAUGUUGUCUUCCUGGGGAAGAACUAGCUUGACUUCGCCGGUAGCUGAAAGAAUGUCGAAAGUGUAUGCCGACGUUGGACUGUCCAUCACUAUCACGUCACUUACGGAUUUGCUCAGUUACCUGGUGGGAGCAUUCACUCCGUUUCCCGCUGUUCGCUUCUUUUGCAUUUAUUCCGCUGCGUCGGUGGCCAUGACUUUUGCAUUUCAUGUCACAUUUUUCGGGGCGAUCUUGGCUCUGGCUGGCAGGUGUGAGCAAAGAAAUUUGCACAACAUUCUUUGCUGCGUCCGGGUUCAGCCGAGGUCGCGAAACCCUGCGGGUUGCUGUGUUGGAGGAAUCGAUCCGACGGAUCCGGAAAAUGAACUGAACAUGGUGGAGAGUCCUUUGGGAGCGUUUUUCCGUGACCACUGGGCCCCUCUGUUGGCGCUUAGUUGGGUCAAGGUAGCAGCGACGGGCAAGGAAAACGCGAAUGUUGAAAACCUCAUCGCAAGCAAACGGAUGAAAGCCAUAGACGAACUGACCAGCGAAUUAGAAUCCCUCGGUUCCAUCGAUGCCUCGGGCACUGAGUACAGCUUUCGAGCAUUCCGGAAAUCUAUGGACGAGCAAUAUUGUGAAGGAAUUUCUGAACUGUUGACUGGUGCUUUCGAACUACCCGAAGACAUCGUCGGACUUCAUUUCACCAACUUUGUGAGACACAAGCCGAUUCCAACUAUUUGGGAUGUGGCUAACUUCAGGAAUCACAUCGUGGCACUGAGGAUUGUCUUCAGGACUAACGAGAUCCGAGACCAAGCACACGGAGCCAAAGUCAUGAAUGAAGUCCGACGGAUUUGCAAAGAGAUGAGCGAAAAAACUGGCCUUGAAUUUCUGCCUUUCAGCGUCCAAUUUUUAUUCUUUGAUCAGUUUGACGCAAUUCGCUUGUCGACAAUUGCCUCGAUCGGUUCUGCAGCAGCGGUUAUGAUGGUGCUUUUUUUCCUGCUCAUCCCGGACUUGAUGGCCGCCCUUUGGGUUGCCGUGUCCAUCGCGUCCAUCGAAGCGGGCGUCGUCGGUUACAUGGCACUCUGGGGCGUCCCUCUCGACGUCAUCUCCAUGAUCACCAUCAUCAUGUGCAUCGGGUUUUCCGUCGACUUUUCAGCCCACGUGUCCUACGCAUACGUCACUUCGCAAAGCAAAGGUGCGACGGAACGAACCGCAGAUGCUUUGCACAAAAUGGGCGGUCCCGUCUUCAAAGGCGCCGCGUCCACACUCGUCGGCAUCGCGGCACUCGCAUUCAUGCCUUCGCAAAUGUUCCGCGUGUUUUUCAAGACAGUUUUUCUCGUAAUGGUGAUUGGAUGUUUGCACGGGCUUUUGUUUUUGCCGGUGUUGCUGCAAUUGUUUGCCAAGGGAGUGGACGGAGAUGGGAAGGGUUCGAAUGUGGAAGAUGAAGGGAUCUUUUCGCCGUCGGGCGACACUACUGGGAUCCCGAGUCGAUUUGACGCUGGAGACGAACGUCGGAUCAUUCAAGAUUUGAAUCAUGGUAUGCAAAAUAAUCCGAACAGCGAACCUGAAGAGAUUUUCGGAGAGUCGCUGAAUGCUGUUGAUGAAAUUACAACUGAACCUGAUGAACAUGUGCUGAAUGUUCCUCCGACUGCUGACAACGCUACUAAGCAUGUUUGA